AACACGUCCCAAUUAUUUUCCACCCGAGCUUCCGAUAUUAAUUCCACAAAUAAAUGAGCGAUAUGUCUUAAAUGUUUAGUGUGAGUGCACGUGAUAUGAGAGGUGUCACUGAAAUGGCUACGCGCUAGUUCAGAAUGGUGGCCAACAUCGGCGGCAUAAACUCUACCAAUGUGGAAGCGACGGCGUACAUCAGUGCGGUAGCGGGUUUUGCGGCUGUGGUCCUGGUGGUGCUUCUCUUCCUCGGCCGACGUUGGUGCUACGCCGCGGUCUUCACUCGCAAAUGCUGCGAUGACAUCCUCGCUGUCAACGCUCACAUCGCGGAUCCCUGCUCAACUCUCGACGAUGCUCAAUUCGAUGCUUUGUCGAAACCGAACCAUUAUCCCGAACGUAUAUUCGCGUUCGAAACCUCCGACUCGGACGAGGAGCUGCGUUUGCGCAUACAACAGGAUAAAGAAGAGGUAGAGUGUCAUUAUGAGGAGAAAAAUGAGAAUGUAUCAGCACCGGUCAAGGUGGAGGUGCAGUUAGUGGAGACUGCGCUGAGGGAGACAAGGAUCGACGAGGUUGUCCCCAAGAAAGCGGACUACAUCCACACCCUGGAGGCACAGAGCAGCGUUGACAGCGACGUCCUUGCUCAUAAUGACACUUCGCUACUCUGCGGGGAGAGCGGUAGCGGGGGCGGUGCUGGCGCCGGGAGUCGGGGCGCAGUGGAGCUGACGCUGUUGUACGACGCGCCCGUGCGCAGCAUGACAGUGCAUGUAUUGCAAGCACGCGGUCUGCCGCAGCGCCCGCCCCCUCAACUGCUGCAAAGCCAGGCGAGAAUUGUACUGUUGCCACUGAAAAAGCAAAAGUUUAAAUCGAAGAUACGCAACGGGGAGAACCCACAAUAUAUGGAGAGCUUCGUCCUACACAAGAUAAAUCCUGAGGACGUGCACGGGCUGGGUCUUAGGAUCCGCAUCUACGGAUGUGAGCGCAUGCGCCGGCAGCGGCUGCUGGGUGAGGCGGCCGUCAGCUUCGCCGCGCUCAACCUCGAGCUCGAGAACAACUUGUGGCUGCAGCUGACGCCUCGGCAACACCAGCCCGCUAUGCAGCUACCGAAACUAGAGCUGGACGGGUCAGUGACGGGCGUGCUGGCGAGUCCGUCGUCACUGAGUGCGGGUGUCUCGGGAAUGUCUGGCGUGUCUGCCGGCAAUGGGUUCGUGUCCGGGGGCGAGGCGUGCAGCUUGGCACGCUCUGACUCCGCCUCCUCGUGCUGCAGCGCGCGCUCCGCCCCCGAGCUGCUCCUCGGCCUGCAGUACAGCCCCACUACGGGACACUUGUCUGUUGAGAUAAUAAAGGGCACGCACUUCCGCAAGCUGUCGCCACACAAGGCGCCGGACACGUACGUAAAGCUGUGCCUCAUCAGCUCGCUGGGCAUGGAGAUGGGCCGCUGCAAGUCCACCACGCGCCGCGCACAAUCCAACCCACUGUACAAGGAGCUGUUUAUAUUCCAGGUGGCGCUGUUCCAACUAACGGAAGUGACUCUGAUGGUGUCGGUGUGGUGGCGGCGCAGCGUGAAGCGCAACGAGAUGGUAGGCUGGUUCUCGCUGGGGCAUAGCUCCUCCGGCCGCGACGAGCAACGCCAUUGGGAUGACCUCUGCCAGCGACAGGGCGAACAGGUACAACGGUGGCACGUAUUGUUGGACUCCUGACGGCCUCCGACGUAGCGUGCCUCAGCAGCGCGCCUGGCAUUGGACACAGAAAUGGCUUGAGUGUGGCCGCACCGACACCCGGUGCUUUUGCGUUGCGAUCCCCUCGCUCGCCACCACUCACUACCCCCAGACGACGAAGCGUUAUUCGACAUACUGUCGCUUUCCAGACCUAUUCCAGGUCUUUUGUCGAUUUACUAGAUAUUAAACGUUACACAAAGGUGUUGCUUUGAUUGUUUCAGCACAAACGGAUGUGGUAUUUUAUUAAUGUUUAAUUGUCUUUCAGAUACUUACGUGUGUUAAUGUUAAUAUUUAUCAAUUUUCUUCUUGAG